AUGGCUGAUAAAUCCAAAUUUAUUGAGUACAUCGAUGAUGCUUUAGAAAAAUCAAAAGAAACUACACUUUCUCACUUAUUUUUCACCUAUCAGGGGAUUCCCUACCCAGUUACCAUGUGCACCCCAGAAACUUUCCAAGCCCUGGAAACCUUUGAAGCCAGAAGCGAUGACCUCGUGCUAGCAUCUUACCCAAAGUGUGGUUCAAAUUGGAUUCUCCAUAUUGUCAGUGAAUUAGUAUUUGCUUUUGCUAAAAGAAAGUAUGAAUUUUCAGAAUUCCCAGUUCUUGAAUGUGGGGACUCAGAAAAAUACCAGAGAAUGAAACUGUUUCCAUCACCAAGGAUUUUGACAACUCACCUCCAUUACGACAAAUUACCUGGGUCAAUCUUCAAGCACAAAGCAAAGAUACUGGUGAUAUUUCGAAACCCCAAAGACACGGCUGUAUCGUUUUUCCAUUUCCACAACGAUGUCCCAGAUAUCCCAAGCUAUGCCUCCUGGGCUGAAUUCUUCCAACAGUUCAUGAAGGGAAAAGUUUCUUGGGGAAGCUAUUUUGAUUUUGCAAUUAAUUGGAAUAAGCACCUUGAUGAUGACAAUGUUAAGUUCGUAUUAUAUGAAGACCUGAAAGAGAUAUGUGAAAUUGGUGACUGGAAACAAUUGUUCAGUGAAACUCAGAACCAAGAAAUGGAUGAAAAAUUCCAAGAGUGCUUAGCAGGCACUUCCCUUGGAUAUAAGCUGAAGUAUGAAUCAUAUUGCCAGUUGUGA